UAUUACACGUUUAGAGCUUAUCAGGAGGGUCACACUGAGAGAUAAAGGGUUUAUCUCUAAUGUAGAAACUGAUCAAUAAAAACUUCAUCCUUAGAAGUGCUGAUGUCUAUCAAUAUUGCACAUCACAUCAGUAUUUGCUAUUAUUUUGAUAAUACCUACAGCCACAUCAUAUCGUUUAAGAAGACAUGCUUUGUCAAGCGAGAGCUCAGUGUUAAAAUGAGGAGGAAGAUUGCUUUAAAGCCUGGACAACCAGAAAAAAUUCACAUACAGCUGUCACAUUACAAGCAGAAAUACAACUGGGACUGCGGAGUGUCCUGUGUAUUGAUGGUUCUAUCGAGAAAGAACCGGCAUGAAUUCCUGAAAAAUUUUGCACACAUCUGUAAAAGCGAGGGUUUCAACAAAAGCACAUGGACUAUAGAUUUAUGUUACCUGCUGAAAAAGUACAAUGUAGAACACGUUUUUUACACGAUUACCCUAGGAGUUCACGAAGGAUAUAGAGGAAAUAGCUUCUAUAACAACGUCUUGACAAAGGACGAACAUCGCGUAAAAACUAAGUUUAAAGAUGCUGCGAAUGUAGGAAUAUACGUGAAGAAAAAAUCUGUGACACUAGUAGAUAUUUUAGCCCAUCUAGUCAAUGGACCUGUAAUAGUAUUAACGAAUGCGAGAGUUCUCAGCUGUGAUAUAUGCAAAUUUAACAAAAUUUCUAGCGAAUUAAGAAAAUGUAUUCCUUGGCCAUCUACGUAUCAGGGUCAUUAUGUAGUUAUUUGUGGAUACGACAUACACACGAGGAAAGUCUUUUACAGGAAUCCAUCUUUUGGAGAUCAUGUAUGUUUGAUGUCCUUGGAAUCAUUGGAUCAAGCAAGAAAGUGUUACGGCACUGAUGAAGACAUAAUUUUCAUAUUUAACUGAUGCCAUAUAUAUUAUAUAACUUUUAUCCAGUUUAUUUAUCUAGUAGGUAAUUUAUAUUA